UUUUUUUGGUUCUAUCUACAGGUCAACUAGUCAUCAAACCUGUUGAACUGAUGAAAACCAGUCAUAACAACAUAAUACAUAAAAUUUUUUACAUGAAUUAUUUUAAAAGUCCUUUGUUUUUUCUUUUAGGAUCCCUUUUUUUGUUAGACCAAACUGGUUUUGGAGACAAUUGUUGGCCGGACUAAUCCUAUACCAAUAAUAUUGUCAUGAAGGGAGUGGCUUAAUCUGCUCCCUGAUAUCAUUAACAAUUUUUUACCACUGCAUCUCAUGUAGUUUAGUGGGUUAAAAGAUUUUUCAAUGCAUAUGUGUUUAAUUCUUUACUAUUGUAUAGGAUCAUGUUAUGGAGAUUAAACUCAAUCUUUUCAAGAUACUCAGUCUUUAAUUAAAGGACAGGGUUUCUAUGAAUAGGCCAACUCACAUGCACCUAUGCGUCCCCAUUAAGUGGAUGCAAUACUAACCCCUACAAGAUUUUCAGGUCUUUUAAAUACUUAUACUUUUUAAUUAAAAAUAUAAAAUAAAAAAUAAAAUUAAUCGUCUACAUUAGGUGGACGCAAUACUAACCCUUCAAAAUUUUACCCUCAAUAUGAAGGCUAGCGUAGACUUUGACUAAUUGUUGUAUAUUACAGUGUGGAUGCCUUGCUCUUUCCUUGAAAUAACAUGCCUAAUGGGCUAUAUUAGGAGCCCAACACAAAUCAAAACUUAAGCAUCUUUCAUUCUCCAUCUAAUCUUUCAUUACCACCAUAUCAGCAGCCCAAAUUCAAGUAGAAGAAUGGAGGACCGAACAUCUGAACUGACCCUACGUCCCUUCAGACUCUCCGACAUCGACAAUUUCAUGGUGUGGGCGACAGAUGACCUUGUCAGUCGGUUCUGUCGAUUCAAGACCUACACAUCUCGAGAAGCUGGCAUUGCGUACCUCAAAGAACAAGCCAUUCCUCAUCCAUGGCUCAGAGCUAUCUGUUUAGAUGAUCGAGCCAUAGGGUCCAUAUCUGUGACUCAAGGGUCAGGAGGGGCCCUCUGUAGAGGAGAGCUUGGCUAUGUGUUAGCAUCAAAGUAUUGGGGUCAAGGCCUAACACCUCAUGCAGUAAAGAUGGUUCUCUCUAGUGUGUUUAAGGAUAUUUCUAAGCUAGAGAGGGUGGAGGCCUUGGUUGAUGCUGAGAAUGUGAGGUCUCAAAGGGUUUUAGAGAAAGUUGGGUUUGUUAGAGAUGGGUUCCUAAGGAAAUAUGAGAGAGUGAAAGGGAGGACCAUCAAUUGCAUGCUAUAUAGCUUCCUUUCAACUGACACCAUUAAAUAGUGGUUUGAUUUGUAUUAAAAAUUGGACUGAAGUUAAAUUUGGAGUAUAGAGUGUUUGUGGGGGACUAAUGGAGUAUAGAGUGUUUGUGGGGGACUAAUGGAGGUUUUGUUUUCAAGUGUUAUGCCCUGGAUGUCUGGAUUGUAUUAUAACUUAAAAGGAGUCAGAAAUUUUACUGUCCUUUUUUUCUUUUUCUGUUUUGUUAUGUAUCGGCGGUGGGAAUGGAGGGUGGGAUGUUAUGUUGGCACAUC